GGCAAUGUCCGUCAAAUCAGUUUGAAUGCAUUAGUUUCCUGGUUGGACGCUUCAACUGUUUUUAGUUGCCGCUACAAACGUCAUACAAACGUCGCACUAUUAUUUCAAGCAGGCAGGCAGACAUCAGUGAAGAAAUACAUAUACGAAGUAGUAAACCGUCUUUGGUUGAUUCACAAUCAACAGUUUCUUUCAAUCCACUCUUAAGGAUAGAGAGAGAGUGAGAGCUAGAUAUAUUCAAAGGAAGCGAAAAUGUCGGCUCACGAUCAGAUUCGUGCUAUGCUCGAUGAAUUAAUGGGCACAGGUCGAGAUGGGGAGAAUGUUAUGUGGUGUUAUCAAGUCAAUAUUGCAAAGCUGGUGAACCCCAAGCCGGGAAAACAACAAGUACAAGGUGAAGUUUGAUGAUCCUCGGGUAUGUAAGAGUUUCCUGCUUGGCUGCUGCCCCCAUGACAUACUCUCAAGCACGUAAACCAUUGCUACAGGUUUGAUGGAGUCUUCUUGGUACUAGCAAAUUGCUAUUAAAUCAGUGCUUUUUACUACAUCGCAUGGAUUUAGGAGAAUGUCCUAAAAUACAUGAUUUAGCACUCAGAGCUGACUAUGAACAAGCAACCAAAGGAAAAGACUAUUAUUAUGACAUUGAUGCUAUGGAACAUCUUCAGUCGUUUAUUGCUGAAUGUGACAGAAAAACAGAACUUGCAAAACGGCGGUUGAAAGAAACCCAAGAAGAGCUUAGUGAAGAAGCAAACCAGAAGGCUGAAAUUAUUCAUCAACUUGGUGAACAAAUUGGUACUAAAUUAGCAAAAGCGGAGACUGUUGGAGCUGAAGGACAUGUAAAUGAAUCUCUAAAAUUGAUGGAAGAAGUAGAAGAGUUAAAAAAACAAAAAGGACAAGCUGAGAUUGAAUAUAGAAAUUCAAUGCCAGCUUCCAGCUAUCAACAACAGAAACUCCGUGUUUGUGAAGUAUGUUCAGCUUAUUUGGGUAUCCAUGAUAAUGAUAGGCGACUUGCAGAUCAUUUUGGAGGCAAAUUACAUCUUGGCUUCAUCACAAUUAGAGAAAAAUUAGAAGAUCUCAAGAAAAGUGUUGCUGAAAGAAGAGCUCAGAGGGAGAAGGAACGAGAAGAACGUCGUAAAAGAGAACAAGAAAAAAUAGGUGACAGGGAAAAGGAAAAACGAAAGAGCCGCAGUCCUAGCCGAAAUCACCGCAGUAGCAGAAGUCAUAGCAGAGAUAGAAGGAAACGAUCUCGGAGUCGUAGUCGAAGAUCUUGCAAACGUUCCCGAUCUCGGUCUCAUUCCCGACGUUCAGGAUCUCGUUCAAAGCGCUCACGGUCUCGUUCUCGAUCUAGAUACUCGAGGUGAAAUAGUGCUUUGAUGUGGGAAUUUGUACAUACUGUCUUUAACUGAAAACUUAAGAUCUCGGUAAGGGAGGCUGCAUGGUUAAAAAAAACAAAAGUGGAAGACAAGGAGAUAAUAAAAAUACUAAGUUCAGAAUGUCUGGUCACAUUUUGCUAUUAUAGGCUUCCACUGGACUUUGCUAGUUAAGACUUUUUAUUAAAGAUUUAUAUAUCUUAAUAAACUUGGUUGAUAAAAAC